AGAUGCAUGGAGAACGGGACUUGGUUCCUACAUCCAGAAGGGAACAAGCCUUGGACUAAUUACACAACGUGCGUCGACAUUGAGGACUUGAGCUUCAGGAGCAUUGUGAACAGCAUCUAUGUGAGCGGCUACUCGGUGUCUGUGGCAGCACUGCUUUUAUCCAUUGCUAUUUUCCUUUACUUCAGGUCACUGCAGUGCACGAGGAUAAGGAUACACGUACACCUAUUCUCAGCGUUUGCUCUCAACAAUAUUCUGUGGAUAGUGUGGUACAAGAGUGUCGUGGACAGAGUCAGUGUUGUCCAAAACAAUGAGGUAUGGUGUCAAGUUCUUCAUGUCCUCACAAACUAUUUUAUGGUGACCAGUUACAUCUGGAUGUUUUGCGAAGGGUUACAUCUUCACAUCGCACUUGUUGUAGUGUUCGUAAAGGAUGAAGUGGCAAUGAGGUGGUUCCUCGUGAUUGGCUGGGGUCUGCCGUUAAUCAUCGUUGGAUUGUACACCAUAGUGCGUUACCUCACGCCAGGAGCUACAGUUCGGUGCUGGAUGGAGCAGAGUGACACGUUUUGGAUCAUCAUUAUUCCUGUGCUGGUCUCACUGUUUGCUUCGUUUGUAUUCUUAGUAAACGUGGUACGUGUGUUAGUUACCAAAUUGCACCCGGCACCAAACCAGCACACCACUGUGGCGAUGAAAAAAGCGGUCCGUGCUACUCUCAUUUUGAUUCCGUUAUUUGGACUCCACUUCGUAUUAAUUCCGCUUGUACCACAACCGAAUACGCCAGGGGAAAGAGUUUAUCAAGUUGUUUCUGCAUUGCUCACUAGCUUACAGGGUCUUUGCGUAGCAGUACUAUUCUGUUUUACGAACCACGACGUGAUUUUAGUACUGAAGGCCACCGCUGCACGACUUCUGAAGACUAAUGAUGGCAUCGCCAUGACAGGUGUGACCGCUGGAGAGAGCUUAAUGAAUACGAGAGAGAAUGUUGUAUGA